AACCCCACUGACAGCUGAAACAUUAACACACAUGGUUGUCGCUCCUAAAAUCCCGCCUAUAUACUUGACAUUAAAAAGUAUAGAGGUUGCAUCAUUGUAUCUAUUUUUAUCCAUUUGGAUAUAGAUGUUUUUAGUUGGAUACAAAUAGAUACAAUGUUGCAACCUCUAUACUUUUUAAUGUCAAAUAUAAUAGCGCAGCUCUCUGCAGGGACAGAAGUAAUUACUUCGCUAUUAUAUUUGCCGGCCGUAGAUGGGGCGAAAAUCGGACAAUUUUUUUUUACCGUUGGUGGUAAGGUCAGCCGAUUGAACAACUGAUUUUUUUUUUUUUUUUUUAAAUGGCCGGUUUUCACCCCGU